AAGCUGAAAAUUGAUGAGAAAGUUCUUAAUUUCCCAACAGGGUGGGGUGAUUUAACGCGUUAAGCAAAACCCCAAAUUCAGAGUCUCUCAUUUACGUUGUUUCGGUCCUUCCAUUGUUUUCUUCUCUCUUUCAUCCAAUUUCAAAGGUUUAGAGAGAGAUCCUGAACGAUGAAGAGGGUCUUCGGUGUCAAGAAGAACAAGGAUCCUCCCCCUUCCAUUCAAGAUGCCUCCGAUAAGAUUACUAAACGAGGUGAUUCGGUGGAUGACAAAAUUAAGAAGCUUGAUGUUGAACUUAGUAGAUAUAAAGAACAGAUUAAGAAAACAAGACCUGGUCCUGCCCAGGAAGCUAUUAAAGCUAGAGCCAUGAGAGUUCUUAAGCAAAAACGAAUGUAUGAAGGCCAACGUGACAUGCUGUAUAAUCAGACAUUCAAUCUUGAUCAAGUUCAAUUUGCUGCUGAGGGCAUCAAAGAUGCUCAACAAACUAUGUCAGCUUUGAAGUCUGCAAACAAGGAGUUGAAGGGAAUGAUGAAAACUGUGAAAAUCCAAGACAUUGAUAACUUGCAAGAUGAGAUGAUGGACCUCAUGGAUGUAAGUAAUGAAAUCCAAGACACUUUGGGUAGAAGCUAUAAUGUGCCUGAUGACAUUGACGAGGAUGAACUUUUGGGUGAACUUGAUGCACUGGAAGCAGACAUGGGAAAUGAGACUGAAGCUGAUGGGGUCCCAUCCUACCUCCAGCCUGAUAAAGAACCUGAUUUGGAUGCAGAGCUGAACUUACCCUCAGCUCCAACAGGACAAACAGCAGUGCCGCCUGGCAGAUCCGAGAGUGAGGAUGAACUGGGUUUACCCACUGUUCCUCGGGCAUCCAUACGUGGUUAAAGAAUGCUUUUUAUCCGUUGGCAUAGCUGGUGCAGUCACGAGCAAGUCCAUGUAAAGAUGUGCAGAUCUUGAGAACGUUGAUACUAUGAUUUAAUUGGUCUGAUGUUGGCAUUAUAGACUUCUUCAGUACCUUUCUUGUAAUAAACCAACCUUGUGGGAAGCUUACUUUAUAUUUGUAUGAAAAGCUUAUGACACGGGAAAAAGAAAAGGAAAAAUAUUACCGAGUUUGUCAAAAGCUUUGGACCCUGCUAGUGGUGUUUAGAGUAAAUUAUAUGUUCACCUUCAUUAUCCCAAUUUCACUGUCUUCUUUAAAAAAUGAUUUUAGCGGGUUUCCUAAUUUAUUUAAUAUUAAUCAAACCCUU